CCGUGGGAAACCCGAUAAGCCGCAUGGCUGCUGGUUGCUCAGAGGCGCCGCGGCCAAAAGUGGCCUCCGAGGAGACCCCGGUGGGACCAGCUGGUAUCCUGCCUUGUUUAGAGUUGCCGACCUACGAGGUCGCUUGCGCGCUAGUGAGUAGCCGCUAUUCCUGCUUGCUGGCCGGGCCUCACCGGAGGCACAUCGCGCUGUCGCCGCGCUACCUCAACAGGAAACGCACGGGCAUCCGAGAACAGCUGGAUGCGGAGCUUCUGCGCUAUUCCGAGGGUACAGUUAAUAAACUGUCUUCCAGCCACAUUGGCUGUUUAGUGCACGGGUGUUUCAAUGCAUCCAUCCCUAAACCUGAGCAGAUGCUGGCUGAGCAGUGGCAGACGCUAGAGAUAAACGUGGGUGAUGAACUAGAAUUUGAAGUAUUUCGUUUAGACUCAGAUGCUGCUGGAGUAUUCUGUAUUCGGGGAAAAUUAAAUAUCACUAGUUUACAAUCCAAGUGCUCUGAAGUUUCCAAAGAAGUAACAGAAACCAGCACUGAAGAAGCUGUUGAAAAACCUCCAAAGAAGAAAAAGAAAAAGAAGAAAGACCCAGAGACUUAUGAAGUGGAAGACAGUACCACAGAACUGGUAGAUAUUGCAGAAAACACCAUAAAGGAAGAGACAGACCUGCAGACUCAUAAUAAUGUGGAUGGCCUCUGGAGGGAUGAGCCAAAGAAGAAGAAAAAGAAGAAAAAGUACCAGGACGGUCAGGACCAAGACCCUGUUUUCCAAGGCAGUGACUCCAGUGGUUACCAAAGUGACCAUAAAAAGAAAAAAAAGAAAAGAAAACACAAUGAGGUUGCUGAAGUUACCACAGUUUUAGAAAACUCACCAAAAAAGAAAAGAGAAAAAAUGGUCUGCCAAAGGAGCCUCUGAAGUACCAGAGCUCUUAAGAACCAUGCUACUACUGACCAUAAGUGGGAAACAGUGACUGUUC